UUUAUCUUCCCUUUCAUCAUACCUCCGACCGAUCUCAGGCCUAUUGACAUACCGGGAGGAGCACAAAACCCUAGCCGCUCGAUCCUUGGCGAAGCGGUUCGUCCCUUUCCUCAUCAAAACCGUCUCUUUCCUGCAUAAGCGCCUCUCAGUCACUAGCCCUGCCAACGACUCCCUAGGGGAUUUGUUCCGCGGCUAUGACUACUGUUUGGAAUGCUGCGAACUGCUCUCCCACGAUCCUCACGCCGUCCAGCUUCACAGAAUCGGGCUGAUUCAGUGUUACCAGGCAUGGGGUUGGUUUACUCAGGCCUACAACGAUGCUUUUAGAGUCCUCGAUCAGGUUAGAAGACCCGAGACCAAACUUGUACAGUUUUUGCCAAAUCCUCCCGAGUUUGGAGGAGAUAAGCUAGCAACAGUUGACCUCAUGGUUGUGGAAUCCAUCUUGAGGUCUGUAGCAAUGUCGCGGGAUAUGGAGCGUCGCCACUACACGAGGGUCUUUGAGAUUCUAGAUAGGGAGAUAAAACCCUGGCUCAGGUAUUUGGAUGCCAAUGCACAGGACAAGUUUCUCACGCAGGUCUUUUCAGAUAUGGGAAAGUGUGCUCUCUCCAUAAUUAGAGAAGCAGAGCGUUUCAAUGAAAUUUAUGUGCAUUCUUUCUGCAUCUCUGCACUGAAGAAAUAUUCUGUAUUCCCGUUGCCAAAAUGUCAUUUUUAUAAGGUGACUUGUCACAAUUUUACAUCUCCCUCUGUGUGUGUCUCUUUCUCUCUCGUUAAUUGUUCUGUUUUGUAUUCAGUUCUCCCGGCAGGUGCUUUCUUUACUGUUUCUGUCCAAGGAGACAAACAAAUUACCAACCGUUAAAAUUGGGAUGUCUGUGUUGAGAACUGUGGCAUGUGAAUUCCAGGUAUGUGCAA